AUGUCGACGAUCAAAGUAACUUCCUCACAGUCACCAAUUUCUCGAUCCUCCCGUAUAGGCAUAAUUGGGGCUGGACCAGCGGGUGUUUCAAUCGCUCACUUUUUACGUAAGGAAGGCUAUUCAAAUGUGACGUUAUUGGAAUCCGCUCCCCACAUAGCAGGCAAAAGUUCUACUUUUUAUCAUGAUAAUCGUGGUUACGAUGUUGGUGCUUUGAUGGUCGGUAACAACUAUUCACUAGUCAGAUCCAUUGCGGCUGAACUUGAUUGUCCUCUCGAAAAAUUUUAUUGUGGUGCUUUGGACAUUGAUGCAAAUAAACUUAUGAUUGAAAAUGUUCGCCAUAUUGGAAUUAUUUCCGAUUCUUUUUCAAAAAACAUGUCUCAUUAUUUAGAGGAAAAAAAAAAAUUUGAAAAAGUUAACUUACCUGGUCAUGGCGAUCUAAGCGAAAGUCAUCUCUAUGCACCCAUUGUUCAAUACUUGAAAGAUCGAAAAUUGGAAUAUCUGAAAGAUGCUUGGGCUUUAGCAUAUACCUCCGCUGGAUAUGGUUAUAUUCAGGAUGAUAUACCCGCUGCAUAUUUCCUUAAAUUCAUUCAAAAUUCAGAAAAUACUAUUUGGCGGUUUAAGAACGGUUUUCAGGAUUUCUGGAUCAAAAUGGCUAAGGAUCUUAAUAUUAUAUGUGAUGCUAAAGUAAUAUCUGUUGACCGUUCUCUCAAAAGCCGAAACCUUGGUCCGAUUCUCGUCACCACUCAAAAUACCCGAUCCAAUUUUUCUCAGACCCUUGCAUUCGACCAAAUAAUAAUUGCCACUAAUCCUCGACAAACCGUUCAAUUUCUUGAUACUCCCUCCCCUUUUGAAACCCAUCUAUUUUCUCAAAUAAUUACAUUUGAUUAUUAUACAAUAAUUGCGACUGUGGAAGGUUUGCCUACAAAAGUUGGAAUGACUACAAUUCCUAAGCAUUGCAGCUCUAAGGAAUUUGUUGGACAUGUUACUGCAUAUUAUUGUGCUUACGAAGAUGUACAUACAUAUUUAUUUUAUGCUUACGGUAGUAAAGAGAUUGACCAAGAACGAGUUACAGAAAUAUUUAAAGAAGAUGUUAUCAAAAUGGGAGGUGAAUUAAAGGAGAUUCAUUAUAAUCAACGUUGGGACUUCUUCCCUCAUGUAGAAAACAUGCAAGGACAGGAUGGAACUUUCUAUGUUGGUGGCUGGCUUGAUUUUGAACUUACAGAAAAUUGCAUCUCAUACAGUAAAGAUCUCGUUCAUCGUUUCUUCAAUCCUUCCAUGACUAAUUCUCAAGAAAUCCUCCAUUUACCAAUCCGUCCAAAAAUUGAUGUCAACCCUGCUUCAACUACAAAUUGGGGAAUCGUAUUACGUCUCGCCGCAAAGCGUUUUCCUAAUAAAGUUGCUUUUUCUUGGGUUGAUGUUAACGUUCGGGAGGAAGCUAAAAUUACUUACACAGAAUUAUAUCGUCAAGCUCGUGCUGUCGCUUACUACCUUCGUCAUACUGCCAACCUUAAUACUGGGGAUCCGAUUUUACUUUGUUAUGCACCUGGUUUAAAAUUCCUUCCAAUUCUUUUUGGAUGCAUGUUGGCCGGUAUAACAGCUGUACCUAUAGCACCACCAAAUCUUGCAACUGCCGAUAAAGAUAUAGCAAGAUUUAAAUAUCUUUCGACAACCACCAGUGCAAAAAUUGUUUUUAGUGACAAAAAUUACAUGCUAUACACGAGACUCUAUGCGGCAAAAAGUUUUUUCGGAAUGGCCAAUAAAAUAGAUUGGCCAGAAGGGUUGAUAUGGGUUGAAGGAGAAAAGGUUAUUAGCUCAAAAGAUCUUUUUGAUGAGAAAUUAAUUGAAGAAGUUGAUUGUGAAAACGUUGCAGUAAUUCAAUUUUCGUCUGGUAGCACUGGUGAUCCAAAAGGUGUCAUGCUCACCCAUAAGAAUUUACUUCAUAACGUGGAUCUUAUGCAACAUGAAAUUGGUUUAAAUGAAGAUUCUAUGAUCGCUUUUUGGGUACCCCAAUUUCACGACCUUGGGCUUAUUGGUGGAUUCCUUAAUACUGUUCGAGGGGCUUGUCAAUCAUGCGUUAUGUCACCUUUGACGUUCUUGCAAAAACCUGAAUGUUGGCUUCAAAUGAUUACUAAAUAUAACGCCGAUUAUACUGCAGCACCAAACUUUGCCUACGAAUUAGCAACACGAAAAUGUGAUGAAAAAUUGAUCGCUUCGCUAAACUUAAGUUCUCUUCGGGGCGCGUUCAAUGGUGCGGAACCGGUUCGUUGGUCAACGCUUAGAUCAUUUGCUAGAAAGUUUGGUCCGGCAGGAUUUAAACUUUCAAUGUUUAGGUGCUUAUACGGUUUAGCCGAACAUUGUGCCUACUCGGUUGGCUUCCAAAAUCUUUAUGACGUUCCCACUGUACUUGAUAUCGAUCCGCAAGCUUUGCGACAAGGUCAUGUGAUCGUUAGGUCGAAAUCCGAAAAUCCAAAUAAUAUAGUUUCAACCGGCGUACCUAGUCCGGGCAUGCAAGUCGAAGUUAGAAUCGUGGAUCGGGAAACGAGACAACUCUGUUCACCUUGUACUAUAGGAGAAGUCUGGCUUUCUAGUCCAAGCGUUGGUAAAGGUUAUUUCGGAAAAGAAGAAAUAUCAGAAGAUACAUUUAGAGCAAAAUUGAAUAAUAAGGACCACGGCAAUUGGAUAAAUGAUAAUGGAAGUUUUCUGAGAACGGGAGACCUUGGAUUCUUGUUUAAUGGAGAACUUUUUAUAACUGGAAGAGAUGUUAUAAUAAUUAAUGGUAAAAAUCAUUACCCACAAGAUAUUGAAGUUUCUGUUCAAGAAUGUCAUAAUGAAAUCAGACCGGGUUGUGUUGCAGCACUUCAUCAUUCUGAUGUAGAAACUGGUACUGAUUCACUUAUAAUCCUCGUUGAAAUUCGCAAUCAAAAAGACACUAGGCUGGAAUUCUUACAGCUUAUAAUUGACGAAAUUGCUCGAACUGUUCCUGGAAAACAUGGACUUUCACCUCAAAGAAUUGUCAUUCUUAAACAGCAUAGUAUUCCAAAGACGACAAGUGGUAAACUUCAACGAUCGAAAGCAAAAGAUAUGUUAUUAUCUGGUCUUUUAGAUAAAAGGAUUUUAUUAAGCACGGGUGAGAUUGUUGUUGAACCGAAUUUUGAUGCACCGAGUUCGAAACGUUCAAGCCAUGUCGCAGACCCAAAAAAGAUCAUGGAUGUUUCAAGUAUCGAAAAAAAAAUCGCCAUUCAUGUUCAUCAAGUUUCCAAAUUGGCAUCGAAAUUACUGGUUAAUGAAAUUGAUAUGAAAGCAAAUCUUAUCACUGUUUACGGUUUUGAUUCACUUGGUGCCGUUCAAUUAACGGCUUGUCUCAAAGACGAAUUUGGCAUAGAACUCGCACCUGCUCUUAUUGUGGAUCAUUAUACAAUUGCUGAUUUGGCAGUUCAUAUUUAUAAACAGUUAAAUGAAAAAGUUUUAUGUGAGAAUAUUAAUGAAGUAAUGCCUCUCAAACAAAUUCAAAGUCAAAUUGCGAGCCAAGUUCAUGCUGUAUCUAAAGUUGCGGCAAAGAUUCCAUUGGAUCAACUUAAUUUCAAUGCUAAUCUCAUCACCGACUAUGGAUUUGAUUCGCUUGCUGCUGUGCAGUUGACUGCUUCAAUGAGUCAAAUUUUUGGUAUUGAGAUAGCUCCAACAUUAUUAUAUGACGUUCACACGAUUGGAGAUCUGGCAAAUCAUGUACACAAACAACUUUCAGAAAAUAAACCAUCCGGGAAAAUAUCACAAUCACACGAACAUUUAAACAAACCUCUAAAGGAGGAACUACGUUUAAUACCCUUGGCCCCACGUACCAUAAUUAAUAAACAUAAUCCAACUCUUUACUGUGUUCACCCACUUUUGGGAAAUGUUGCUAGUUAUGUUCAUUUAUCUCGUAAACUUGGAAUCACUCGACCUGUAUAUGGUAUUCAAGCUCCUAAUGAUGUUGAAAGUGACAUUCCAUCAAUGGCCGAGAGAUACGUUAAGGCUGUUCAAGAUGCACAAGCUUCAGGACCUUAUUUCCUAUGUGGAUAUUCCUAUGGUGGUCUUAUCGCAUGGGAAAUGGCCAGAAUAUUACAAAAAUCCGGAUCUAAAGUCGGAGGGCUAUAUCUUAUUGAUGCACCGUCACCCCUAAUGAAUCGUGUUCGUCCACCGAUUAGUGCAUAUAAUGAACCACAUAAAAUCUGGGAGUCGGAUAUUGAACAACUCCUCACUGACGUUGACAGCCAAUGGAUGCACCGUCAAGAAUCAAGUGAUCCAAUAGAGAUCGAAGCUUUCAAAAGGAAAGUUGGCAUACUAAUAGCAUCAAUGUAUAAUCAUACUGCAGAUAUUACCACCGUAGAUUCUAUCCAACCAUUCCCAAUUCAUUAUUGGAGGGCGAAAGAUUUUGCAGGAAAAACGAGUAAUUUAUUACUUGAUCAUCCGUUAUUUAAUGAACCGAAUUUUGGAUGGGAACGUUAUCAAGGUAACAUUACAUUUCACAGGCCAAUUCCCGGAAACCAUUAUUCGAUUCUUAGAGAAGACACAUCUGGAAGAUUGGCUAAAGAAAUUGACAUGCAUAUGCCACAUAACAAUAAGAGAAGCAGUAUGGAUUUAAAACCAUUAAUGCUUGAAACCGUAGCAACGACACCAUCAAGUAGAUCAAGUAGCGCUCCAACUUCUGCCGCUUCUCGAUCAUCAUCAUCGACAGCAUUUCCAUUAUUUAGAAUCGGAAAUAAUGGUCCUAUGAAUAAAAGAGAGGUUGCAAACAUGGCCAUGAACAUACAAAUUCCAUUGCCUGUUGUUCUGGUUGGAAUGAUUGUGUGUGCAUGGUUAUACUCUAACGUUACUAUACUAUUAUGA